AUACCUCUUUUCGUCCAUGUUUUAGGGGAUUUAUAGACGAUUUAAUAGUUGUGAUGUACUAUGAAAAUAAAGUUAAAGAGAUUCGAGUCGAUUGAAAAGCUGCUCAAAAGAAUAUUGAAUUCCUAGAAAGAAAAUGGAUAGUUUCAAGAUUCUUCUAGUAAUGAUUUUUCAGACUGUUGGUGUUUUGUCAACAUUAAAUUGUCCUUUGAAUGAAACUGAAUGGAAGGUCAAGUCCAAAGCAAAGGUAUGUCAAGGCUCCGAUGUCUAUCACUGUCUAGUCGUGGAGGACGGAAAAGCAAGGACAGAGAAAUGCAAAGAAAAAACGUUAAUAAUGAAUGGGUACUGCCCAAUCUUUACGUAUGAUGAUUAUAUUCACUGGAAGAUUUGUAAUAAAACUGGCUGUCCCAACAAGCAUUUCCCAAGUGACGAGGUGUACAAAUUUCCGGUUUGUUUUAACAUUGAAAGUGAAGGAAAGGAUUUUCUUGGGAGGUUAGAAUCAAGGCAGGACAAUACUCUUCCCUUAAAAAUUGGCAUACCAGUCGGAAUCAUUGCAGCUUUGGUAGUAGCAGCCAUCAUAGUUAUUGUAGUCAUGAAGAAGAGGAGAUAUACCCCGACGUGUGAGUAUUUUAUAUCAUAA